CUCCCGGGCCCUGCCCCGGCCCCUCCACCCCGCCGGGGCGGGCCGCUCCGCCCAGCCCGGCCCAGCGAAGCAUGGUGGAGGCCUGGUACAUGGACGAGUCCCCAGAGGACCAGCGGGCGCCCCAUCGCCUGCAGCCCAACUGCCCGGUCAGCCUGGAGCAGCUGCGCCGCCUCGGCGUCGUCUACCGCAAGCUGGAUGCAGAUAACUAUGAGACUGAUCCCUAUCUGAAAGAGAUUCGGCAAGCAGAAAAUUAUUCUUGGAUGGAUAUAGUAACCAUACAUAAAGACAAGCUUCCAAAUUAUGAGGAAAAGAUAAAAACAUUUUAUGAAGAACAUUUACACCUAGACGACGAAAUUCGCUACAUCUUAGAUGGAUCUGGCUAUUUUGAUGUUCGAGACAAGGAUGACAAAUGGAUCCGGAUUUCCAUGGAAAAAGGAGACAUGAUAACCCUCCCUGCUGGCAUAUAUCACCGAUUUACGCUGGAUGAGAAUAAUUACGUGAAGGCAAUGAGACUCUUUGUUGGAGAACCUGUCUGGACACCAUACAACAGGCCGGCUGAUGAUUUCCCUGCUCGGAAACAAUACCUGAAGCUUUUGGCUGCAGAAGCACAGUAAUGGUGCCUGAGACCUGACAGGUGGAACAGCCUGAAGCCCUGUCAGAAUUAAUGUGACUGGUGGCUUUUCACUAAUUAGACUUAUAUUUACAUAUACACUUAAAAUCGCAGAAUCAUAGAAAAAUUUAGGUUGAAAGGUCAUUUGGAGGUAAUCUAGUCCAACCUCCUGCAAAGUACCACGCCAACUUCAAAGCUAGACCAAGUUGCUCAAGACUUGAAGGUUUGGAAACCUCCAGUGGUAGACCGAGGUUCCACAGCCUGUCUGAGCACAGGGUCCAGCGCAUAUCUGCUCUUGUGGACAAGCACUUGUUCUUCAUGGCCAACUCCCUGCUUGCAGUUUGCGAUUGUUGUUUCUUGCCCUUUGGUUGAAUGCCUGAGAACAGCCUGACUGUCUUCUCCACAGUCUCUUCUGUAAUGGGAAGCUGUAGUUAGGUCUCCUCUCAGCCUUCUCCAGGACAGACAAAACCAGUGCUGGACCUGCUGCACUCUGAGUUAUUAAGAGAGCUGUUCAACAUGCUUUGCCCUAAUUUUGACUACUGGGGAAUGCCACAUGAAUGCCACCUGACUUGAACCACUGAUUGUUUUGGGCCUGAUGGUCGAGAAGUUUUUCACCCACAUUGUAGUUCAUAUUCUCAGUCCAGCUACAAGGCUGUGGCAGGACACGCUGUCCGAAGCCUUGCUGUGGUCAUGGUGAAUGUCAUCCACUGUGUCCCCUCUGCCACCAAGCCAGUCCUGGCCUCUUGGGUGGCAAUCAGGAUGGUUAAGCAGAACGUGCCCUUGGUAAAUUGGCAUUGACUGGUUGUUCCCUGUCACCUGGUAUUUCACGUGCCUCUAACAGUUUCCACAGAGGCUUAUUUUGUAAUUUUCCUGGGGACUGAAUUGAGGCUGACCAGCCUGUAGUUCCCCAGAUCCUUUGUCUUGCCUUUUUCCAGUAAAAAGGGCUUCCCUGGUCACUGUGACCUUUCAAAGCUGCCAGCAGCCUUGCAGUGACUUCAGCCACGUUUAAAGCUACUCAGGAAUCCAUUUUCUAACCUUUUUUUCCUUGAUAUUUCUGACAGUUAGAAUUGAGAGCGGUGGGCUACAUUAAUAUUCAUUCUGCUCUGAAUCCAUGCUAAUGAACUAUGUAGGAUUCUCUUUUUAAUUAAAGAAAAUAAACCUUGCUUUAUUCUUGUCUAAAAAAAGUUCACAAGAUAAAUUUGCAUAAUCGGCAUUUUAGUAUGCAGCUUCCCUAGUUCUGCGCUGGUACAUAAAGCUGUGGUUUUCUCUCAGUAAAAUGUGACAAUUUGCUCUUGAGUUAUUAAUAAAAUUACUUUGAUUUGGGCA